CGUUUCUUGCUUUAUUUUCUUGUUCUAUACUUAUAAAACUGAAAAAGUAUUUACUUUCAACAAAAAGCAACAUUACAAUAUUAUAACGACGAAAGAAAAAGCAUUAAGGGAUAGGAGGCGGUUUCGACUAAAAUUGGGAAUAGUUGCAAAUUAUUUAAAUAAAGUUGUUAAAAAAUAGGGGAGUUAUGGAGGAUAUACUCCAGGAACUUUUGAAAGAUGCCACUGAUCAUUUGUCUUCAGGAAAUGUAAAGGAUGCCUACUUUUCAUAUAUAAGUGCACUGAAUGUAAUAGCAAAAGAGCUAAAUAGCAUCAAAUUUGUAAAUAAUGUUGUAGCCUCAAAACCGGCGUCUCUUUCUUCACUUUUUACUUUAUCUAGGACAUGUCUAUCCUAUGCUGAAGACAUCAUAGUUAAACAUCAAACUCCACCCGUAAUACGAAGAAAUCCAAAUCUAAACAUAGCAAUAUAUCCACCAACACCACAACAGGAGGAACAUCCACAUGAUUCAUCGCCAAAUAGAGCGCCUCCGAUACCACCGAAGCCUACGCGCAGAUCUCUUAAUAAAGUAACCGAUGAUGGAUCGUCAAAUUCACCAAAAAAUGAUCAGCCAGUUUCUCCGAUAACAAAACCUCCAUUACCGCCAAAGCCUGUAAGAACUCCCAGCAUGAAAAAAUAUUUAAAGGAUAUUGAAGUGUCUGGUAUCGGUAGGGAUGCACAUGUUGUUUCUGGUGAGGGUGAGGAUGACGAUGAUGAUGCAGAUAGUUCCGAUACAGACGAUGAAGACGAAGAUUACACCGAAAGAAAUGGUUCUUAUCUUCGCAGAUCAGAGUCAUCUUUAGAUGUUACAAUUUCACAAACAUUACUUCGUCGACGUUCUUCGUCACCUAGUCAUGUUGUUUCAACGUCUAGAAGACGGCCUACACUAACCGGAUCGAUAACAGGAUCUAUAACAGACUCACCAACGGAUGAAGAAAGUCCUUAUUCUUCAUAUUUGGCGUCUCCUACGACGCCUGCAUCAUUUUAUGGAGCAAUAGCUGUACCGUCGUCAAUUCCAAAUUUAUUUGAACAACGACCAAAAAUGAUCAGUGUUAUUCCUGAAGGCGCUGUUAAUCCAAAUAAUUUGGUACCUGCUACUACGUUGACUGAAAACGAAAAUGCCCAAUCACCGAGUUCACCACAAUAUUCAGAUCACGUACCUGAAAUUCCAGAGUCACCUUUAUUAACUCAGCACGAACAAUUGAAACAAAAAAUUCAAAUAUUAGAAAAUAAAUUGUCAGAAUAUCGUAUUAUAUCCAAAAUGAGAGAAGCUGGUUAUCCACAGUCUGAAUCUGAUGGAUUAACAUGGUCAGAACUUUCAGAUGAAGAAAUUAAGGAGACAAUUGAGAAGCAUGGAACUACAGUCGCUGGUCUAAAACAAUCAAUAACAAGAUCUCGAAAAUUAGUUUAUAAAGCUGCUGAAGAUCCGGAUAUUUUAGAAUUUGCACCUCAUAUGAUUGCAUAUCAAUUAACUUUAAUUGAAUCUGCAAUAUUUUUGGAAAUUGAUCCAACAGUUCUUCUCUCACAUUCUCCAAAGAAUCCUCACUCAAAAAUAACUGCUUCAACGGACUUUUUUAAUUAUCUUACAAGGGUUGUAGAACGGUCAAUCCUACUACCUCUAGAGGCCUCCUCGCGUGCGCAAAUUAUAAACCAUUGGGUAAAAGUGGCUGUUAAGUUACACGAAUUACAUAAUUUUCAAACUUUAAAGGCUAUUCUUGCUGCACUGGGAACACCACCUAUAAAAAGACUAAAAAGAACAUGGGCUUGUAUUCCAAAAAAGAGCAUGGUAAAGUUGGAAGCUUUGAGUGACAUGAUGAGCGAAACGAGAAAUUAUGGAAAAUAUCGGGAGACUAUACAACGAGAAGGUUUCUUAAGGAAGCCUACUAUACCAUUUUUAGGAACAUUUAUUAUGGACGCUACCUAUUUAAUUGCUGCUGUUAAAUCUGCAGGUUCAUCAAAUUCUUCUGGUAUAUCUUUAUCUAAUAACAAUCAUACACCAACCACACCUCGUUCUACGUCAUCGUUGAUGAAUUUACAUUCUCCUGGAGGAAUGCAAUCUUUACAGGAAGAUCCUCGUAUACAAGAAUUAUUGCAAACUAUGAUUAGAUAUCAACAUGGACCAAAGUAUCAGCCAACUCCACCUGAAGCUUACAUAAAAGCAUCAACUAAACAUCAUCAUUUUCGUACAGCAAGCAUUAGUGCUGCUCUUCAUCGCGGUAGUGGUUACAAAUAUAAUAAUAGGAAUGAUGAUGAAGAUGAAUCUAUUGAAGAAAAGCAACAAUUAAUUACACACUAUUUAUUAACAAGAGUGUGGAUUCCAGAAAAAAGUGUGGAUGAAUUGAGCUUAAAACGUGAGCCGCAAAAGCACAAAAAUGGACAUAGCAAUGGUGGUCGGGCUGGAACAGCUUCAUGGAACGGUACUCCAAAUAGUGCGAUGUCAAAUUCUAGCAAUACGUGUCGUGGUAGCACAGGAAGCACUGUUGGAGGAAGUGGUACAAGUACUGGAGGUAAUGUUAGUACUAGCAGUGGAAUUGGGAGAACGAGUUCUACUAGUGGUAGUGGGGAUUCAAGACCUCAUAGUUUGGAAGAAGGAGUUGAUAUAAUAGUCACCACAUCAAUCACAACUAAAUCAGAUAGGGCUGGGCCCAUCUCAGAUAAAGAAGUGGGCAGUGUUAGAGAAAAAGAAAAAAGAAACAUUACAGAAAAGGUUGGAAACUUUUUCUUUGGAUCACGGAGUAGUAUGGAAAAAGCACGUGAAGAGAAAGAAGAGAAAAAUAAAGUUAGUGAAAAUGAAAAGGAAAAAGAAAAUACAGAAGCAGAUUGUAAGGAAGAAAUUUCCAGAAUUCAUACCGAAUCAACAAUGAAUCCAACCUCUAUAUCCAGUAAUAAAAGAACUAGUUGGAGAACUGGUGCUAUGAGAGUGAUGUUUGGUGGCUAUGAAGCCGUUGAAACUCCCAAAAGUCCCACCGCUAUGAUACGAGCAACAUCUCAUUCUCGAAGUUCAUCUAAUGGUGAAUUAGCACCAAAAAGUCCUGCAGCUACUUUUAUGAAAGCUCAUGGACGUACUUCUUCUGCUAGCCCUCCUGGUGCAAAACCUUUUACUUAUGCACCCGGAAUUUCUACACGUAGAUCAUUAGAUGAGCCACGUUCAGCAACUCCUCCUCCAUUAAUGCCAAAGCCUGCUGCAUUAAUGCAACGUAGUGCAAGUGCUUCUUCAGCAAGCAGUAUGGGAUCUAGUGCAAGUGCGCCUGGAACUCGAAAUAGUUUAGGGAAUAACAAUUCUAUACUGUUGAGUAUAGAAGGUAUAGAGGAUUUCCGUAUGGCAUUAGCGAAAAAGGUAGCUAGUGAAGUUGCAGCUGGAGGUGGUUCUUUAGAAAGAAAUCGGCAAUAAGUUAAAAAAGAAAUUUUCAAUGUUAUAAAUAUCAGUUUUUAUUGUUUAUUAUUAUACACAUUUUUUUUCCUUCAUACAAAAUCAUUUGGGUUUAUCUUUGGCUUAUA